CUGUCCAGGCAAUUGUGUGGUCAGCUGAAGUCACGGGUCCUUCUGCUGGAGGUGACAUUCAGUCGGCUAACAGGAACCAGGGGUGCAGUUAGCAUCGACAAACGCUUCAACAUGGCACAGGCAGUGCAAAAACUGGUCUCUAAAGUACCUACCUUAUUAGGUGCCGCUGUCACCUUCUCAAAGCCUCGGCUAGCAACCUUCUGGUACUAUGCUCGUGUUGAACUUGUCCCCCCUACCCCUGCCGAGAUCCCCAAGGCCAUCGAGGGGGCCGCAAACAUCCUCAAGGCUUUCAAGUCAGGACGUCUCGGUCAAACCACAGUGAAGGAUGCUGUAAGGAAUGGACUGGUGGCCACUGAAGUGUUGAUGUGGUUCUACAUUGGAGAGUGCAUUGGCAAAGGAGGCAUCGUUGGCUAUGAUGUCUGAAAUUUGGACUGUUGUGCUUUCUUUUUUCUUUUGAGCGUUGUACGCUCAACUUACUGCAAGGAUCCUGAGAGCAAAUAAACAUAUAUCUAUUGUUAAAAAAUGA